CCAAUCCGCAAUAUAAAAUUUAGCUAAAACAGGCUUCUUAGCCACUUAUACUAGUUUUAACGACCCAACACCACAUUUCUAGCUUAAACAAGCUUGCAUAAUGAGCAAUCUUUCAUUUUUCUUUGUCUUUUGUUUCUUAGCCACUUUGUCCCAUGCCAUAGAGCUCGACUUCUGUGUCGGGGAUCCUAGUCUUCCUAGAGGACCUCAAGGAUAUGCUUGUAAAGAUCCUGCUAAAGUCACAACUGAUGAUUUUGUUUACACUGGUUUUCGCGGUGAAAAAACUCCUAACAAUGUUUUUGGGAACAAUGUAACAUUAGCAUUUUCAGAUGUGUUCCCAGCCUUUAAUGGUUUAGGCAUAUCUAUGGCUAGGUUAGAUUUUUCCAUAGGAGGAGUAGUUCCUGUACACUCUCAUCGUACGUCCGAAGUUCUUAUUUUGGUUAAAGGUUCAAUCAUUGCAGGAUUUAUUGAUACAAACAACACCGCAUACUAUAAAAGAUUAGAGGUUGGUGAUGUGAUGGUAUUUCCACAAGCCAUGCUUCACUUCCAAAUCAACGUUGGUAAAACUCCGGCUACUGCCUAUGUUAGUUUGAAUGGUGCAAACCCUGCAUUACAACUCACUCCCACCUCUUUAUUUGCUGGGAAUUUACCUGCUGACAUUGCCCAGAAAAUCACACUCUUGAGUCGUAAGGAAGUUAUGCAGAUGAAGCGAAUAUUCGGCACAGCUUAACAAUACUCCUUUCCUAAAUUAUUAUAUUAAUUUCCCAAAAUAUAAAUGAAAUAUUGUAAUAAAAGAGUAUAAUUAAAUUAUGUCUAUUGUAUUCCUUCAGCUUUUUUGUACUAAUAAAUAAUUCUGUAAUAUAUACAGAUGUAAUAUCCUCCCUUUUCUUUGAUGGUCAUCACUUCGAUCUUAGGACAAUAUUUCCUCCAUAUGUACAUUUUUAGAUGAUAUUUUUUUAUAUUGACAUUAUAUAU